AUGAUUUUGAGAGAUGACAUAAGACGUCAUCGAUACUUAUUGCUUUUUCAUUUCAUUGAUAGUUUUACAUUUCUUCUACGAUUUGUAAUUAUAUGUACAGAUUUAUCAGCGGCAUCUAAUCGCAACUCAUUUUCAAGUUUAUCAUAUUCGAUACCAAUACUCGUUUUAGAACUGAUCGGGUCAUUAACAAUAUUUUCAGCCAAUAUUCUUUAUAUACUAUUAAGAUAUAUUGGUACAAUACUAUACGAAAGUGAUGAUGAUGAUAUCUGUAUACGAAGAAAAUAUUUAUGGUCAUUAUCAACGCUGACUUGUUUUAAAUCGAUUAAUUUUUAUUAUAAUCAUCCACAAGCUAUUUUAUUAACUAGGUUUGGUAUUUUAAUCGGCUGUUUUCUAUUAAGAUUUAUUGCAUUUGUAUUAAGUUGUGAAUGUGCACGACGGUAUAGUCCAAGAGGUAUUGCAUACGCUGUGAUUGGUUGUGUAUCACUUAUACCAUCGUUCGUGACAAUUGUUAUUGAAUACUUACAUUAUAGACGUUUAUGGUCAUAUCGUCCUAAUGCUGAUUAUAAUGUUCAAACACAUCCAUCGCAUAUCCGCUACAUUCCAUAUCCAAUAACAAAUGACCAACGUACAACACGCUGGCGUGUUCAAAAAUGUCCAGUAGAAAAUUGUACAUCCGAUAAUCUUAAUCAUAUUCUUAUAUUUCAUUCAUCUGAUAGACAAUAUCGACCGCAGGGAACGGGCGAUAAUCAAAUUGUUAUAGGUUUUCAUCAAACGAGAAAGGAAGUUGCCUACAAAAUCUCUAGUGAAGGUUUUAGAACGGGUCCAAUUGGUAUGAUGGGUCCCGGAGUUUAUUUUGCGACAUCUCUUGAUCAUACGGAAUUUAAAGCAAGACAGUUUGGUGCUUAUAUAUGUGCUAAAGUUAACCUUGGCCGAGUAUUCCGAACAACACAACGUGGUGUAGUGCCACCGGGAAGUACUUAUGACACAAUUUACUUUGUACACCCAGAGGGUUCUGAUGAGUUUUGUGUUCUUCGAACAGAACAAAUACUAGUAUGGAUCAUCAUAGUCUAUCAAGAUUCUCGACUAAGGUUUGAAGACCAGUCUAUACACGAUCGUUUUGAUGGUAGCGUAUAUGAGGGAUGCCUUUAA